AACCGCCCACCGCGACCGUGGCCCAAGCACCUCACUCGCACCCACACCAACCCCCUACCGCGCACCCGGUCGAACACCUCGGCCGCACCCGCACCCACCACCACCACCCACCUCCGACGUGCACACGCGCCGCACUCCUCUCUAUAUAUCCCCACGCCUCCAAUCGCCACCACUCGCCGCCCACCUCCCCCUCUCCACUCCCCCCCUCCGCCGACGACCACCACUCCCCCCUUCCUCCUCCUCCUCCGCCGCCGCCGCAGCAAUGGACUCCGUCGCGUCGUGGGGGCUGACCCCGCUGGCGGACGCGGACCCGGACGUCUUCGACCUCAUCGAGCGGGAGAAGCGGCGCCAGCGGAGCGGGAUCGAGCUCAUCGCCUCGGAGAACUUCACCUCCUUCGCCGUCAUCGAGGCGCUCGGCUCGGCCCUCACCAACAAGUACUCCGAGGGCAUGCCGGGGGCGCGCUACUACGGCGGCAACGACGUCAUCGACGAGAUCGAGAACCUCUGCCGCGACCGCGCCCUCGCCGCCUUCCGCCUCGACGCCGCCUCCUGGGGCGUCAACGUGCAGCCCUACUCCGGCUCGCCCGCCAACUUCGCCGCCUACACCGCGCUCCUCAACCCGCACGACCGGAUCAUGGGGCUCGACCUCCCCUCGGGCGGCCACCUCACCCACGGCUACUACACCGCCGGGGGGAAGAAGAUCUCCGCCACCUCCAUCUACUUCGAGAGCCUGCCCUACAAGGUCAGCGCCGCCAACGGCUACAUCGACUACGACAAGCUCGAGGAGAAGGCCAUGGACUUCCGCCCCAAGCUCAUCAUCUGCGGAGGCAGCGCCUACCCCAGGGACUGGGACUACGCCAGGCUCAGGGCCGUCGCCGACAAGGUCGGGGCCAUGCUCCUCUGCGACAUGGCGCACAUCAGCGGACUGGUCGCCGCGCAGGAAGCUGCAAAUCCUUUUGAGUUCUGCGAUGUGGUUACCACUACAACACACAAGUCUCUCCGGGGACCGAGGGCUGGUAUGAUCUUCUACAGGAAAGGCCCUAAGCCUGCGAAAAAGGGCCAGCCUGAGGGUGCUGUGUAUGACUAUGAGGACAAGAUCAACUUUGCGGUGUUCCCAUCGCUCCAGGGUGGUCCCCACAACCACCAGAUUGCUGCCCUUGCAGUUGCCCUGAAGCAAACUUUGACUCCUGGAUUCAAGGCCUAUGCAAAGCAGGUCAAGGCCAACGCUGUUGCCGUUGGAAAAUAUCUCAUGAGCAAGGGUUACAAGAUGGUGACCGAUGGAACUGACAACCAUCUUGUUCUAUGGGAUCUCCGCCCUCUUGGCUUGACUGGAAACAAGGUCGAAAAGAUGUGUGACCUUUGCAGCAUUACAUUGAACAAGAAUGCUGUCUUCGGUGACAGCAGUGCAUUGUCCCCGGGUGGUGUCCGCAUUGGUGCUCCCGCGAUGACUUCCAGGGGUCUGGUCGAGAAGGACUUCGAGCAGAUCGCCGAGUUCCUCCACCAGGCUGUGACCAUCUGCCUGAACAUCCAGAAGGAGCACGGCAAGCUGCUCAAGGACUUCUCCAAGGGCCUGGUGAACAACAAGGACAUCGAGAACCUCAAGGUUGAGGUCGAGAAGUUUGCCCUCUCCUUCGACAUGCCUGGGUUCUCGCUCGAGAGCAUGAAGUACAAGGAGUAGGAUGAUGAUACAUAUGUCGUGGUUGUCUCCGCUAAUCGUCCAUACGCCAUGCGCUUCUAAGCCUUCUUGGCCGCCGCGCAAUGCCACAGUGCUGUGCUUCUAUGAGAUUUGUCUGCUCGCCCUGGAGCCCUGGAUAGUUCUGUAAACGCGUCCCACCUUUAUGCUCUGUUUGCCGUCCACAUUCCAUCAUAUUUCUUUCUAGGAAUUGUUCGCCUGGGAUCAUGGAAUGUCGAGUAUUUGCCAAUAAUCUUCCAUAUUAUUUUUGUGUAUGCUCUGCAUAUGGGAAAAAUAUAUGUGUUAUUUUC